AUGGCCGACGAAGAUACCGUGGCGGUCGUCGGUGGUACAACUGGUGUACCUCUCCAGCUAAUCCACGAUAUCGUAAGGAUCUGCGGCCCCGGCUUCUCUGGUCGCUUCAAGAAGGACUGUACGGACCUGGCCCGCAGAGUCUCACUCUUGGCCCAUUUGCUUGAAGAAAUUGUGGAUUCGAAGAAAGCCCCUAAAAAUCAUGAAACUUCUUCGUUGAAUUCUUGCUUCACUGAUCUCGCAGUGGCUCUCCAGGCUGCUAAAAGGCUCCUUUUUGCUGCUAACAACUUCGAAGAUUCCUCUGAUGGGGCUACCAAGAAAAUCUUCUUUCAGUUUCAAUGUGUGACUUGGAAAUUGGAGAAAGCACUGGCUACCUUGCCAUAUGAUUAUUUUGACAUAUCCGAGGAAGUCCAAGAACAGGUUGAAUUAGUCAGAGCACAAUUAAAGCGAGCAACAGAGAAAUAUGGUGGGCCAUUGAAUUCAAGCUUAUUAUGUAGGUCGUUAUCCCAGCCACUAGACAAAGAUAUCAAUCCAUUUCAGUUGGACAACACUUUAAUCAGAAGUCUACAUGUAGAAAAUAUUGAUAAUGACGUUGGGACAAAAUUGGAUGGUCAUGUAGAAGGUAUUCAUGGGUCAGAAGGCCAUCCUUUGCAUGGAAUAAUUCAGGAAUCAGAAGGUUUAAAAAUCUCAUGCACAUCAUCCGGGGUUUGUGUCCAAAAGGAUUCUGAUAAUGGAAGGAUAGAUAACUCUGCCAGCAAGUGUCUGGAUGUGAACAAGAAGCCAGAAUCUCCUGUAAUUCCUGAUGACUUCCUUUGCCCCGUAUCUCUUGAAAUGAUGAGGGAUCCAGUUAUUGUGGCAACAGGCCAGACUUAUGAGAGAUCUUACAUACAGAGAUGGAUUGAUUGUGGCAACACAACAUGUCCGAAAACUCAGCAGAAUCUCCAACAUCUAACUCUAACUCCGAAUUAUGUUUUGAGAAGUCUAAUAUCUCAAUGGUGUGUCAAAAAUAAUAUAGAGCAGCCAUCAACAUUUAUGAGUGGGAGGAUUAAAAAAAGUGACGGAUCAUUUCGGGAUGUUAGUGGGGAUAUAGAAGCAAUUAAAGCACUUGUUCUUAAGCUCUCUAGUCUGUCCAUCGAGCAACGAAAGGCUGCAGUGGCUGAGAUCCGGUCACUAUCCAAAAGAAGUACGGAUAAUAGAAUUUUGCUUGCAGAAGCUGGAGCUAUUCCCGUCCUCGUUAAUCUGUUGACAUCCGAGGAUGUUGAAAUUCAAGACAAUGCAGUCACUUCCAUUCUGAAUCUUUCCAUAUACGAUAAUAACAAGGGGCUCAUAAUGCUAGCCAAUGCAAUUCCUUCUAUUGUACAAGUUCUUAGAACUGGAAGCAUGGAAGCAAGAGAGAAUGCGGCGGCAACCCUCUUUAGCUUGUCCUUGGCCGAUGAAAACAAGAUAAUAAUAGGUGCAUCUGGGGCACUACCGGCUUUAGUGGACUUACUUCAAAAUGGAAGCUCACGAGGGAAGAAAGAUGCUGCAACUGCAUUAUUCAACUUGUGCAUUUAUCAAGGAAACAAGGGCCGGGCUGUCAGGGCUGGCAUUAUUACUCCCCUAUUAAAAAUGCUCACUGAUUCAGGCAAUAGUAUGGUCGAUGAGGCUCUGACCAUUCUUUCGGUUCUAGCUAGCCACCAUGAAGCAAAGGCUGCUAUUGUGAAAGCUAGCACAAUACCCAUCUUGAUAGAUCUAUUGCGAACAGGUCUGCCUCGGAACAAGGAGAAUGCGGCUUCCAUUUUACUUUCCUUGUGUAAAAGAGAGAGUGAAAAUCUUGCCUGCCUAAGUAGGCUCGGUGCAGUAAUACCUCUUUCGGAGAUUGCCAAAAGCGGCACAGAAAGGGCCAAGAGGAAGGCUACUUCAUUGUUGGAGCAUCUUCGAAAGUUACAUGUCUGA